CUGUGGUAGGAACCGUUUUUUUUGCGAAGGUUGUUCGUGACCACACUUUCUGAUUAGGUAUAGUGUGGCGUCGUGGAACGAGGGGUGGAAAGCUCGAAGGGACUCGAGCUCGCAGACCGAGCGAUUGGCCGAGAUUUGGGGCGCAGAUCUGGAGCAACCUCGUCUCGUUUUUCAAGAGUCCGCGGACAAAGCUGCAUAUUAGUGAGAUUUUUCCUCGGGCCCUUUUUUUUUUAAAAGCCGGUCGGCAAUUGUCGUGAUCAUACACAGGCUUGGUGAAUCAUAAAUAAACCUAAUCCAAACACACUUUGAAGCUAUUUAAAGCGAGAUCCCUUUCAGCUACCAAGACCCAAAACCACGAAUUACAAUCCAGAUUAAUCCGUUUGAUUGGAUGUGAUUUCAAAACGAGAAACUGCAUGCUAUUCAUUCACCAAUGCACGUUUUGACUGAAGUCCGCUAGCUUUUAACAGAAGUGCCGAGCCUCCUUUCCUGCCGCAGUCACAUUUCGACGCUCCGUCAACCGUGACAAAGCCACUAGUGCAGAGCUUUUAGGACCCAUUAGGCGGCUUCAAGGUACCAAAAAAAAGAGGCAGCGAGAUCGGCCCCAAGGGGAAAGUCACAACAGCGACGCGACAGGCCAGCCAUGACCGAGCUAGAAGCAGUUGCCCACGGAUUAACAUCACAUAGGCCUACCAAGACUUGCUGCUUCAACCACCAUCUCCAAACUCACCACAGAACCGGGCUCAAUCUGUGAUCUUUUCGCGGAUCCCUGCCAUCUCUUCUCUCCAAAAUGACUCGGGACAAGCUCAGGAUGACUACUUUGCUCCCCCUUUAUUCGGUGGUGUUUUUGGUCAGCGUGGCCGGCGUUCUGCUCCCCCUGUCUGCCGCGUUUGAACUCCCGCAGACGGAGGACGGUGAUUGCCCGGUCAACACGGUGCGGACGCUGGACGGGGACGCCUGCAUGUCGUGCGCGACUUGCUACUCCAAGUACUCACCGCAGGACUGGCUCUGCCUCAACUGCACAAGAGGUGGCAAGCCAUUCCCUGGAGAUGAACAGAAACUCUAUGAAGACCUGUUCCUGAAAAAGCCACUCUACAAUAACAACCUGAGACCUCUGAAGAACCAUUCCGACCAACUGCUUGUCUACUUCACCUUAAAGAUAAAACAGAUAGUUGACAUUGAUGAGAGGAACCAGAUUUUGAAGCUGAAUAUCAUUGUCAAGCAGAGCUGGAAGGACAUCUGGCUACAGUGGGAUCCCAAAGAAUAUGGGGGACUAGAGGAGCUAAGAGUGCCGGCCUAUGAUGUCUGGCUCCCUGACACCACUUUGUAUAACACAGCGGACACAAACUCGGCCUACGCCGGCAUCACAGGCACAAAUGUUGUGGUGAGACACGAUGGGCUGGUCCAAAUGGAAACCAAGCCUUACAUCCAGCGCAGCACCUGCGCAAUCAAUAUCCGCUACUUCCCCUUCGACGAGCAGAGCUGCAAGCUCAAGUUCGGGCUCUGGACCUACGACUGGUACCUGGUGGACCUCUUCAAUUCCACAGCCGGCCCGGACAAGGGACUAUAUCUGGAGAAUGAGCAGUGGGAAAUGCCAUAUGCGUGCUUCAAGCGGAACUUGGAGAGUUACGUGUGUUGCCCGGUGAAGUAUGUGGAUGUGACGCUGUUCGUAGGAGCGCGGCGGAAGCCCCUCUACUACAUGUACAAGCUGGUGAUGCCGAUCGUGCUCCUGUCUGCCCUGUCUAUGGUGGGGUUCCUAAUGCCUUAUAACGUUGGGGUGGUCAAGGCUAACCUUAGCAUCACCCUCAUCCUGUCCAUGACUGUCUUCCUCCUGCUGGUGGCCGAGACGAUACCCAAGACAUCAGAAGGACUUCCGCUUAUCAGUGAAUAUUACCUCAUCAUCAUGUUCCUGAUCGCCAUCUCCACGGCGAUGAACAUCUGUGUGCUCAACAUCUUCCACCGAGGGGAGGACGGCACAAGGGAGGUGCCCGGAUGGCUACGGACGCUGGUGCUUAAGUACAUGGCAAAGAUCAUGUGCAUGGAUUGCAAAGGGGAGUAUCUGCAACAUCGUCGCAGCGACCCCAAGCUGGACCAGGCACGGCUGGCCAUGCUGAGGAAGCAGAGGUGGUUUAAUGCGAGGUAUGCCACAUCAUACUCGCCCCUCAUCUCCGAGACUCAACGCAACAGCAACGACAGCAUCACGGCCGGUCACCACGGCAAUGGGCACGGCAACCCCCAGGCAGAGCUGGACCACUUUGUCGAUCACCUAGGAGAUGCGGACGACAUGCGGCUGACAAAACUGGAAUCCAACGUUCAUGGGAUCCUGCGGCAUGUUCGGACAGUCCAACGGAAGAAGGACGGGACCAGCCGGGUGCAUAAGGAGUGGGCGCUUGUGGCCACUGUGACUGACCGACUACUCUUCUACAUCUAUGCCUGCUUCACGGUCACCAUGUCCGUCAUUGUGCUGCUUGUCAAUCCCGCGUUAAAUGAGAACGAGUCGGCGAAUGUUUGCGGGGACGAGUCCAGUUGACUAUAGCCGAAUGGCCGUCAAUUAUUAUUAAAGGCUUAAGGUGAAAGAGGUCUUUUGUUUCAACCAUGCUUUUUGUUUGCGACUUUGGAUCUGCAAAUGACAUUGCUGGUAAACUGACUGUCAGCAGGCCGUCCCUGGAAGGAAGAUUCACUAAUAGCACAAAUUGAAUUUGAAAAAAAGAAGAAGAUAAUUUUAGCUCUUUUUGUGAUAAUGUUUUCACUAUUUUUGGUUCAUUUAUUUCAGCAGAUGCCUAAAAGUGUCAAUUAACAAAUUCAUUUCACAACAGAGUCUGUUGGAUGUAUCCUGGAUUUUGGGAUAAAUACGAAAUCGUCGGCAUAUCUUAAGUAAGCCAGCAAGUAGUAAAACAACAGUUGGUGGUACGAUCUGGCAAACACAUAAUGGCUUAUAGGGAUAAACCGCAGUGCACAUGGAGAAGAGCUCAUGCAACCUUUAGGCCUUUUCACACUCGUCUCCCCUCCCCUCCCCUACCUGCUCCGUUCGCAAGCACCUCAACGGCAUGGAAGGAGAGUUGGGUGAGACUAGCUAGAGAGAGAUUCAAGUGCAUUGCCAAAGAUGCCCAACGCUCACGCGAAGAUGCUGCUGCUUUGUGCACAUUCAGAAUAAAUUUAGUUUAAUAACUUUACCACGGGGCUCUCGAAGUUGGUAAUAAAGCGCCACCUCUUGUUGGCGCAUGGAGCUCAUUGAUAUCAACCGGGUCCCAUCAAACACGACAUACUGUUCACACUUACAAGGGUGUGUCCAAGUGUCAGCUGCAGAUUUUGUAAAGAUUUUCUACCCAGGAAGAACCUCUCAAUGCUGGUCCUGACCAGAGUUGGAUUUUACCGUGAAGAGCACAGGACCUGUGUAGAGUGUGAUGGCCUAGCGGUUAAGAACACCGGACUCACGUUCUGGUGUUUCAGAGGCAACAGUGACGUGGGUUCGAGCUUGCCGGCGGACACUU